AUCAAACCCUAAGUCGUCAAUUUGAUUAUCAAAUAAGAAUUGUCAGACAUGAUCUUUUAAGUCUAUGAUUAUUCUCGUCAGAUUGCAUUUCUUCUUGUUCAAUUACUUAUUUAAUUGCGCCUCUUCUUGUUGGGAAUUCUCAUUUGUUUGAUUACUCCUUCGAUUCUCCUGCUCAAGCUGCUUCAAUGGUUGCUGACAAAAAAAAAAAAGCUGCUCCAAUGGUUCUCCCUCGUCCUUGCUUCUUAGUUCUUAGUUCUUAUAGAAUAUGAUGUGUACCUCUGACUGAAAUCUUGAAGCUACCUCUGAUGGACAAAAGCAAUGGCUGCCGCUUCUCUAGUGUGACUUCAAUUGCUGUCUUCUCAAGUGCCAUUUUUGUUGUAACUUUGAUUUUGGUUCGUCUCCUUUAUGUCAUGUAUUGUAGCAGCAGAUCCUUGAGCAAAAGGGUUUUAAAACCUGCCAGUACCCUUAUUAUUUUAGGAUCAGUCUUAUCUGUUGUAGGUGGUCAUACUGCUGAGAUGCUUAAUCUAUUGGCAGUGUUGCAGAAAGAUAGGUUCAAGCCAAGAUUCUACAUUGCUGCUGCUACUGAUAAUAUGAGUCUUCAAAAAGCUCAGUUGUUGGAGAAUUCCUUGGCUGCUGAGAAUGCAGCAAGGGUAACUGAUACUGCACAGUUCAUGAAGAUAUAUCGGAGUAGGGAAGUUGGUCAAUCAUAUAUAACCUCAAUUUGGACUACUUUAAUUGCAAUGGUGCAUGCACUGUGGCUAAUGAUUAAAAUUAGACCUGAAGUGAUACUUUGUAAUGGACCUGGAACUUGCAUUCCCCUAUGUUCAAUUGCAUUCAUAUUUAAGAUACUGGGAAUUAGAUGGUCAUCAAUUUUCUAUGUUGAGAGUAUUGCAAGAGUCAGAAGGCUCUCCUUGAGUGGCCUGCUCCUAUACAAGUUGCGGAUGGUUGAUCAACUAUUUGUUCAGUGGCCACAGUUGCAACGACAAUAUCCCCGUGCUACCUAUGUUGGUCGACUCAUGUAACCAAUUGGUUCCUUUAAAUAUCAUUCAAGAGAAAUUUGUAUGAUGAAGUCGGUUGGUGACUUACAGUAUUGCUUAGGAUGAUUCAGAUAGAUUGUUAUUAGCAAACGAUAAUAUUUUGGCUGCUAUAACACUCCAUACGUGCAUCAAAAACGUGGAAAAUGAGAAAUUAUACUGCUUCUGCUUGGACGUGAGAAAUGGACGUAAGUCACCUUUAA